GCGAGUGGAGAGAUUCCGCUUCCGGCCUCUUGCUGGAGGUUCGCGCGCGAUUCGUGGCCUGUGGCGUGGUGGCGUUUAAAAAGCUGAACCGAACUACCGAAAGCCGAAUCUUCCUCCUCCUCCUCCUCCUCGGCCUUCGUGGCCCCGAAGCCGCCACCAGGGUUAAACCCGGAGGGAUUAUUAUACCAUUACAGUAGUCAUAGGGGGAUUAUCCUGCGCGCCAUGUCCCUCAUAUGCUCCAUUUCUAAUGAGGUACCAGAGCAUCCCUGUCUGUCUCCAGUCUCAAACCAUGUUUAUGAGCGAAGACUGAUUGAAAAGUAUAUUGCAGAGAAUGGGACUGAUCCAGUGAACAACCAGCCACUGUCUGAGGAACAGCUGCUAGAUAUCAAAGUUGCUCAUCCAAUUCGGCCUAAGCCUCCUUCUGCUACCAGUAUUCCAGCUAUCCUGAAGGCACUACAAGAUGAAUGGGAUGCUGUCAUGCUACACAGCUUCACUUUGCGCCAGCAGCUUCAGACUACACGCCAGGAACUUUCUCUCUACCAACACGAUGCUGCCUGCCGUGUCAUUGCUCGUCUCACCAAAGAGGUGACUGCUGCAAGAGAAGCUUUGGCAACUCUGAAACCCCAGGCUGGCCUCAUUGUUCCCCAAGCUAUGCCCUCUUCACAACCAAAUCCUAUGGGUGCUGGUGAACCAAUGGAUCUAGGAGAGUUGGCAGGAAUGACACCAGAAAUUAUCCAGAAACUUCAAGACAAAGCCACAGUGCUGACCACAGAGCGCAAAAAGAGAGGGAAGACUGUGCCAGAGGAACUGGUGAAACCGGAAGAACUUAAUAGAUACCGGCAGGUGGCUUCACAUGUGGGAUUGCACAGUGCCAGUAUCCCUGGCAUACUUGCUCUUGACCUGUGUCCUUCUGACACCAACAAGAUCCUCACAGGUGGAGCUGAUAAAAAUGUUGUUGUCUUUGACAAGAGCUCAGAACAGAUCCUGGCCACCCUGAAAGGUCACACAAAGAAGGUCACCAGCGUAGUGUUCCAUCCAUCUCAGGAACUGGUGUUCUCAGCAUCUCCAGAUGCUGCUAUCCGGAUUUGGUCAGUCUCUGGCGCUUCCUGUGUGCAGGUUGUACGAGCCCAUGAAAGUGCUGUCACAGGGCUGAGUCUUCAUGCAACUGGCGAUUAUCUUCUGAGCUCUUCUGAUGACCAGUAUUGGGCUUUCUCCGACAUCCAGACUGGCCGUGUUCUCACCAAGGUCACAGACGAAACUUCUGGCUGCGCGCUCACCUGUGCUCAGUUCCAUCCUGAUGGACUUAUUUUUGGGACAGGAACAAUGGACUCCCAGAUUAAAAUCUGGGACUUAAAGGAACGGACUAACGUUGCAAACUUCCCUGGACACUCUGGUCCCAUUACUAGCAUUGCCUUCUCCGAGAAUGGCUACUACUUGGCCACUGCUGCUGAUGACUCCUCAGUCAAACUCUGGGAUCUCCGCAAACUGAAGAAUUUCAAGACGCUGCAGCUGGAUAAUAACUUUGAGGUGAAGUCUCUCAUCUUUGAUCAGAGUGGUACCUAUCUGGCCCUGGGUGGUACUGAUGUCCAAGUAUUCAUCUGUAAGCAAUGGACAGAAGUUCUUCAUUUCACAGAGCACAGUGGGCUGACUACAGGUGUAGCCUUUGGGCACCAUGCUAAGUUUCUCGCUUCCACAGGCAUGGACAGAAGCCUGAAAUUCUACAGCUUGUAACUUCUGUUUCUAGGAUCCAAAGCCGCUGGAUCCUGUUCUUUGCUGUAAUGAAAAACUAUGGGGUAAACAUGGGGUGUUGGACUGACGGAACAUCGUGUACAUUAACUGUCAGUUUUCUGUAGCAUGGAAAAUUGCCUUCAGUUUUAAAUAUAUUUGUUUUUUUUCAUAUGGAUCUGUAACUGUAAGAAUACAUAGUCAAAACCCAUCCACUGUUCACUCUCUAGUAGGAAUAGUGGCAGAGGUGAGGAUGAAAGGAAGGGAGGGGGAGAUGUGCAAAUUUUUGUAUGGUGCUCUCUAGUUUCAUUAAAGAAAACUUGAACUAUAAUAAUGUCCUUUUGGGUGGUAUCUCACAUUUCAAACAUUUGAAUUUUGAACUACAUUUUGCCAACACACAAGUUGGCUAUAUCUCUUACGAAUGUUUAUGCAUCAGAAGAUAUCACAGUUCAGCAAUUUUGAUGAUGAGUUCCUUAAAGAUAGUAUUCAAUUUAUAGGCACAUUCUGAAGGCAGAAUAUUCAUUAAAAUGGAAUUUUUGAAAUACAACCUUAAAUAGGGAGCAUGCAUACUUCUUUGAGAUAUGAAAUCUGGUCCUUGUUUUAUUAGAAUAGACAGUAGUAUGCUAUGUGGGUCAGGACCUGAUAAAGGCCCCUUUCUGUGUCUAGAUAUCUGUGGUUUUGAUCAGCCUUUUUUUCUGGGUCUCAUUUCCAAAUAUUUUCAUUUUAAUUUCCUUUCAUUUCUUUCAUAAAUAUAUAAAUGUGUACGUUUUAUUCCAUAUAAACAUUGUUUUAAGCAUCACUUGGUUAUAUUGGUAUAAAACGAAGGCCAUAAAGUAGUUAACCAUGUUUUAAUCUAACAUCUGAGGUGAAUCCAUCCUCUGUUUAUGGAUCAUUGUGUUAGGCCAGAAGAUGGAAAUAAUUCAGCAAACUGGUUAAAUUAAUCCUGGGAAGUGUAUUACAUUACUACAGCUCCAGCACUUCAAGAAAAACAUACCUUCAGAAUUUUUCUGAGAAAUUGCAUACAGGAACUGUCAUGAGACAUUAAAACAUGUAGUACAUUUUAGAUAUCAAUAUCAGAGAUAGCCAUAUUUGUCUGUAAAUUUGUCAUUAUAUUUAGUCAGAAAAGCUAGAUAGAAUUUUUUUUACAACUUCUUCAUUGAAAACAUGGAGCUGCAAGAGUUUCAGUUUUACCUGUAUCAUAUUUUCAGUUCUGAACUGGAAGACAAAAUGUUUUCACAGCUCUCACAAGUUGAUAGUAAGGUUGCCUCUUAUAUUCCUGGUGCAAGUAAACAGAAGAGGUUAAGCAUAUCUCAGUGUAACAGUAUCAGAGGGCACAGUCCUAUUUUCACUUUAUCUCCCCUUUCAAAUUUCACUUUAUCUCCCCUUUCAAAUUUUGUGGGAUUGUCUUCCAAGUAAGGAAAUGAAGGAUUGCAAUAUUAAAUCUUUGCCUAAACUGGUGCAGAGUGCGGCCGCGCGGGGGAUUGAGGGAGCCCCUCGUAGCUCCCAUGUAACACCUCCUGCGCAGGCUGCACUGGUUGCCGGUGGUCUUCUGGGUGCGUUUCAAGGUGUUGGUUAUCACCUUUAAAGCGCUCCAUGGCAUUGGACCAGGAUAUUUACGGGACCGCCUGCUGCCGCCAGUUACCUCCCAUUGUCCGGUACGUCCAGUGCGCGCUCACAGGGAGGGCCUUCUUAAGGUGCCGUCGGCUAGCCAAUGUUGGUUGGCGGCCCCCAGGGGAAGAGCGUUCUCUGUGGGAGCCCCGGCUCUAUGGAAUGAGCUGCCGGUGGGACUCCGUCUCCUCCCUGAUCUCCGGAUCUUUAAACGCGAGCUCAAGACUUUCUUUUUUCACCAAGCGGGGCUGGCCUGAUUGAUUUUAAUAUGGGGGGUUUUAGCGGAUUUUUAAUAGUUUUUUAGCUUCUGAAAAAUUUUAGCUAAUAUUUUAAGUAUACAGCGGUUGAAUCAGAUUUUUAAACUUGUUAUAGUAUUUUAAUUUGUUUAGGAUUUCUGUUGUUUUAUUGGCUGUACACCACCCUGAGUCUUCGGAGAAGGGCGGUAUAAAAAUAUGAAUAAAUAAAUAAAAUAAAUUAUGGUUUUCCUUUA